AUGUCGAAAGCAACACCGUGUGACUACUUUACUCUUUCGAAUUACAUUAAAGUUCGCAAGAGUGGAGUGAACACCCUAUUACUGACACAACGGUUUCAAAUUAAUUUAACUCGUGAAGUGAUGUGGUGUUCCAAACUUCUUACAAACCACAAAUUGCCAUCGAAAACUUCAGUUAUGGAGCUUUGGAAGAAACUUGAUGUUUUCGAGGAGUUGACUGACGAUGGGGCGAAAAGUGCUGCUCUUGGUAUAACCGAGCAAUUUGACAGUGAACUCUCGCAACGCCUCACGUUCUAUGCGACGCAAUUAAAAAGUCAAGAGAGUGGAGAAGACAAUGAGAGUACGGGGAGUGCCUCAGAGAAUAACAUUCCCCUUGAAAUGUUUUUCACCGACACUGAAAUAGCGGUGAUGCGGACUUAUCCCGUCCCCGUCUCCCCAACACGUGCAAAACGCCUCUUUGAUAUGAGUGACGUCUUAUAUGAAAAUGGGAAGAUUAUUAAAGGGAAGAUCAGAGGAAUAGUGAACGUCGGUGCAAUCCACAAGAAUAAUGAAGUCAUGCAAACCCUUAUUUGGACCAACGACUUGUUUUCUAAUAACACACAAUUAUUGAAAUGCGUCAUCGAUUGCUUUGAAGUGUCUUGUAUCUCCGACUCUGUCGACUGUCAAAUCGCGCGCUCACGAAUGGUCGGGUCUUUAAAGUACUGGGUUGAGUCUUGUCUCUUCGACGAAGCUUUUUUAAAGCACUUUAAAGUCUUUCUCCACAAGCUCAAUUGUUAUGGAAUGAAUAACGCAAAGAGUACACUGGCACAAGCUUUAAAUCGGCGAUUAGAAGGAAUGGAGAAAGAGUAUACCAGAAAUGUUGAACGCUUCACACAACGUGUUGUAGUCCCUCCAUCUCUCUACACUGAUCAAAUCAUUCGCCUUGAAUUAUUUGACCCAAAAGAAAUAGCAAAAACGUUGACGGUGAUUGGAUUUGAAAUGUUCUCGAAAGUCAAAGUGAAUGAAUUGUUACGAUGGAAUCAACAGAAUAAAGAAACGCACUGUAAAUCAAUUCUGGCUAUCACUCAUCUUUCUAAUAAAAUCGUUCAAAUCUUCACAUCUUAUUUACUCGACGAAGAAGACUUGAUCAAACGGGUCAUUAAACUCGAAUUCAUUUGCGCUAUCGGAAAUGAAGCAGAGUACCUUCACAACUUCGAUCUCCUCGUCGUCAUCUCUUUUGUCUUUGGGAAGAGUGCUAUCCACAGACUUAAAAAGACGUUUGAGGCACUUUCAACCAACGCAAAAGCUUUCAUCGAACGCCUUCAAAAACUUACUAGCCCCGCUAACAACUGGGCGGAACUCAGAAAAAGCACAGAACAAGACGAGAACGUCAUGCACGCACUUCCAUAUCUUGGUACAUUCUUGUCUGAUACUACUUUCAUUAACGAAGGUAACAAAUCGACCUUCGGGAAGGGCAACGAGAUGUUAAUUAAUUACUCGAAGUGCAAUAUGUUGCGUAAUAUCGCACAGAAGAUAUAUCACCUCCAACAAGUCCCUUAUUACGAUUUGAACAUCUCCAACGAAAUUAAGAAAUUUCUGAUCACCAUUUUGGCCGUGGAAAACACCGAGGAGAACGCAAAAGAAAUCGACGAGGUCGAGUUUUUGCGGUCGAAGAAAAUCGAACCGACGGUGAAGCGCGUCGUCACGGAAAACACUGAAGGAAAUUUCGAAUUUCUAAGACCAGACGAGUGUAAAACGAGGAAGUAUAAGACAGACACUAUGGACGUGGAAACAUUUGUCAACGCGCUGUUUCCUACUAUCGCGGGGUUCGUAUCCUUCAUUGCAAUCAACACAAAUUCAUUUGUUGGAUUUGGCAUUAAAACUCCCAUCUCGAUGUUAUGUCCUGCAAAGUUCUUUACGAUUUAUUACCACCCCGUUGAAUAUCAAUUUGUGCAGAAAACAGCAACGGGAUGGUUUAACACAAAAAUACUGAUCGACGCGUCGAGAUCGGUGAGAAGCCAGAUGUGUAUAUUUAACGAGGUUCUGGCGAAUAAAGUCCCCUUCUUUGUGAUUGUAUUGAAAGAAGACAAAUCUUCGUUUGUCAUCAAUAGCGACAAAAGUCCUACCGAGGUUGGGAUGACAAAUAAAGACAGUUUUGUGGCUUAUCCCUUCGAUGUGUUACCUUCAAAGUCGUUUGGAUUCUCCGCCGAUGAAGUCCUUUUCGAAACGGAAAAGAACCAUUUUCUCACAUUAAUGUCAGUUAUUAAAGAGGAGUGGGUCGAAGAGUUGCUGACGGGAGUAACACUUAAUAAAGCGUCGUCUUCAGCAACUGUUAUUCUUGCCGGUUCAUUUUUAUAUGUUUAUAUGGCGGACACCCUCGCAAGAGCUUACCCACUCAAUUACAUCAAUUUCAAAAUGACACCGCUCUACAAAAGUUCGACAAUUCUACUUGAAUUAACUGCACUUGAAAAAUUCGUACAGUGCCCAUUGACAGACAAAAUAUACUUGAAAGGGAGUAAACAGUCUGUUCUUGAUUUGUUGAACAGAAUCGAUAAAACUGCAAGCAACGGGACAACCCGAAUCGGCGGACUUUCACUGAAAAAAGUCAUUCAGAACACUCAACGAAGAGUUCCGGAGUUGUACGAGGACUUGAUUAAUUCAAUUGCAUCGGAUGAUACAUAUAAGAACGAAAAUAACUUUGAUAACAUUGAUGUUGGAUUUAGCAAAGUGGCGUGGGAACGCGACGGGUUGGCACUGAAUGAUUUUCAGGAUUUGUCUGUCAAUUCGCGGAUUGGUGUGUUGCUUUAUUUCAUGGCACUGUUACCAGACUCUUUGAUCCCCAAGGGUGUGUUGGAUGCGAUGCGCAAAGUCAUUGAAGAAAACAACACCGAGACGUUACGAAAAAUCAACACGUUGAUGCAAGAUGUUGGGUUCUCGAGUUCUUUAUUGUCUGCGUUAAUUCACUUAUUCAGCGCCUUUUGGGAGAGUUCCUCGAAACGGGGGUUCAAAAAGUACUUUGGCGAGUUCUAUCGAGUGUUUAGCGACGACAAUGUUGAAGAUGUUGUUUCCUAUUUAAUUGAGAAAUGCGACGAGAUCGAAUUUGUCCCUUCCACUCUUGAGAAGUACGAAGACCCUACACAGACACUUUUUCCAACAAAAUUCCCAGACUACCAAGCAAUCAAGGAAAUACACGACGAUAUGACCGAAGCAAAGCAACUAACAACCCGCGAGAAAAACAAGCCGAUCAUUUGUUCGUUCAAACAAGCUGAAAAUGAAUGUUUCGAACCUUCGUUCAAGUCUUUGUUGAACAACAAAGAGAAACUCAAAGAGAAAAAGCGAGUUGAAGCCAAACUGACAAAGGUCCAAAGCGAAAUGCGUUUGGAUCUUUUGAAAAGUAGUCAGUCGGCGUGCAGAGUCAGUUUGAACAGUACAAACAGCGGUGGACAAUUACCCGGUGUUGUAUUCGCAAGCCCGCUUGCAAGUUCAGUGUCACCAAUAGAACACCAAACAUGGGAAAAGUCCGUGAGAGUGCUCGGCUGCUCUACACCAGGAAGAGACUUUUUGUCACGCAAGAAAGUCCCCCGCGUGGUCGCUUCGACUCCACAGACCCCAACUGUUGGUCUUUCACCAAGCUCGAUGUCUGCG